AUGCCUGGCCCGUUCUGCUUCACUGCUCUAUCCUACAGCCAACUCGAGCUAGUUGUCGGAUAUUUACAGCCUGACGAGAGAAUAAAGUUGCUGAAGACGUCGAAGGACAACAGGACGCUAGUACGCGACAAAGGCCUGAUCCCGAAUCGUAUAAAGGAAUGGCGGCUCGUGGCGGGAAACUGUUCUCAGAAGCGACGAGAUGGCGAAUUGCGGGUGUUCUCCCGAGAGAUUCGAAUGACCAUCGUCCCUGAAGAAUCACCUGGUGUCCAUUUGACACGCGGCGAGGUGCUUGUGCGAAAG